AUGACAAAAUUGUUCUUUAAACUAUUCAAGCUUUCCAACUCAAAGACUACUCCUGAAAUACCCAAAAGGUUACCCUUGAUUGAAUACCCUUUGAUUCCAAAACAAUAUCAGCCACAGUUGGGAAAAGGUGACUUGAAAGAAGCUGGACUUCUUGAAAACUUGGAUCAUUUGGAUGUUUUUGAUACAAUUUGUCGCGAUGCAGUGUUGUUUAUGUUGAGUAUUUAUCAUUUGUUACUGAAUUUGCGUGAUGGAGAUGCAAUCAAAGGUGGUGAGGAUGUUGCCGUUGUUGGUGCAGGCACAGACUUUGGGUCCAAGUUCCACGAAAAGUUCAAGCAGAUAAUGACUCAAUUGGCAUAUGUCAGUACCAACUCAUUCACUUCGGACCAAAUAGAUGACCUUCAUUUUUUGUUUAAUGAUUUAAAGUAUACGUGGAAUGUCAUAACAAUUGCAAAUAGUUUAAAGAUUGUAUUGGAUGAUGCAUUGAAGCACAAUGUCAAUGCAUAUUUCAAGAGAGUUUGGGCUUAUGAAAUUGCAGAAGACGAUGAACGGUUCUUGACUGAUUUGUUUUCUGCCAGCUUGAGUAUCUGGGAAACGAGAGUUAUUGCAUUUGUAGCAUCGAGAGAAUAG